AUGCAAGCCGCCCUCCGCCAUAUUGCCGGGCGAUUCGCUGAGGGGGUCUCGACGGGCCUUGUCGUGUGGGCUGGGCGGCCUACCUGCCCGCACUGCGAGUGCUCGCCAGUGCUGCACUGUCCACCUCUGACCUGCUCGACUGGUGACGUGGCCUACACCUCGCCGCUGACCCCGCUCGCGCUGGUCUUCACGUGUGCCUGUGUGGCGGUCGUGGCCUUCUCGGCUGGUCGCUUGACGGGGGUGAGGGCUAGGACAGAGCUGAACCCCGAGGACCUGGACGCGACGGCCCGAGCUCAGGUGGCGCAGUAUCGGUACAAUGUCGGGGGCCCCUUUCUGUACCACGAGCGGCUGGUCACCUACCUGCCGCUUGGAGCUGGGUUGACCGUCUCGGUCACCACCCCCGACGGUGACGAAUAUGAGGAGGUAUGGGGUAUGCCAGACAUCGUCGAGUGGGAGCCACUGCCGAAUCGACAGCAAGGAGGCGUCCUACUGGGUCGGCCCGGAGCUCGAUACUACCGUUUCCGGGUUGGCGCGAUGCCGACCAUUGCGAGCCUCACGGCGGCGACCACGGCCGCGGCCGCCCGCCUCGGCCAGCCCGCGCCUGUGGGGCCCGUGGCGCCAGCUCUCGGCGGGCGCAUCGCCGAGUUGCCAGCGGGAGGUGCCUUGCCAGGUGCGCCCGCGGCCGGAGGCGCUGCCGCACCGCCCGGUGCUGUGCCAGGCCCGCCGGCGGCGGGCGCCGCCGCCGAUCUCGGAGGCGUGGCCCCAGCGGCCGGGCUUGGUGGCCUGGUGGCAGCGCUCGGCGGACCAGCAGCAGGAGCGCCCGCAGGAGAUGCACGGACGCUCCCAGUGGUCUACGACAUGGUGGGCAACCGUCGCCGAGAGUUCCGCGACGCGGUGCUCGCAUGCCGGGAGGACCAGUGGGAAGGGUGGCCGGUGCGCGGCCCCCGCACCACCCACUGGGUCCUCCGGUACAUCGUCGACCACGGCGGAACUCCGACUGGGAUGCACUCUCGGUGGCGGAGCGAAGCUCGUCUCCAGGAGCACGAGCCAGGAGUGCAGGAGCAUGAACGGGCCUGCCGGGCGCUGGAGGAGCUGCUCUGUUUCGACCAGUGCAACGGGGCCAACCUGGCGGCCGCUGAGCUGCUAGCGCGCACCAUCCAGGUGCAGCAGGAGCGCUACCAGGACAGGAGCGCUGGCGGCACGGCCAGCGGCGGCCACGACAGCGUGGACGCCCACCUCUUCAUGGGCAGCGAGCUCACCAGGGGAGGCGCGCGCGCGUGCCCGCUCCUCCAGGAGUGGGCCAGCCUUCAGCUGGCCAAGGAGCAGGCGCUGCUGAAGGAGCGCCGCAAGGCGCGCGAGGAGAGGGAGCUUGCAAAGAAGGGCAACAAGAAGAAGAACAACAGGGACCUGUCGCGGGUCACUCGGCGGCGUGGCGCGGCCACCAAGCGCAUCCUUGACUGGGGCGACGAGUGUAUCGACGCCCUGAAUGACUUGCAUGGCCACCAGGACCGGCCAGCGGUCCCCGCCAAUGCCGCCCAGCGGCAUGCUGUGGACCACGUCGAAUCUCAAGUACGUGCGCUUGGCAAGCCCCCACCUGAGGCAGGUUUUCGCGAGGGGGCCCUACGUGAGCUCCUCGCAGGGACGGGGAUCUACCAGACGGGUGAUCUCUCUUCCCGACGGCCGUAUGUCAAGGAGUCCAUAUCCUGGCCCUCGCCCGACCUGCAGCCAGUUCCACUGACCGCCUGCAUUGGCGAGGCCGAAUCUGAGUGGCUGGGCCGCUGGCAGAGCACCUUGCUCAGGCCAGAUAAACCUACAGCUGCUGAACGUACUGAGUUCUGCCCUCACGGACUUUUUUUCGACCCCAGUCUCUUCAGUAAGCCUCUGCUCGACGCCGAUUUUGUCGCCAAGUUGCUGGCUCGCGGCAUGGUGGAGCUGAAGAGGGACUGCGACGCAGCCACCGUCGGCUGCUUCUUCGUCGCGAAGAAGAACAAGAAGCUGAGAGUGAUAUUUGACACGAGGUAUGCCAACUUAUUUUUUGGUCGACCGGCUCGGACUGCGUUGCCGACUGCGACGGCCCUCGCUGCUUUCGAGAACCCUGGGCGCGACACCUACCUGGCCUCGGGUGAUAUCGAUAACGCAUUCUACAGACUACGAUUGCCUGACGGGCUGCCCUCAUACUUCAGACUGCCCGCCCUGGAUGCCAGCCUGCUCGGGAUCACGCACCUGGACGGGGUCCCGCUCGCGCGAGGGGCGCGAGUGCAGCCCUGUGUGUGCGUCUUGCCGAUAGGCUGGAGCCAUGCGCUGGCCCUCUGUCAGGGCGUGCUCCGACGCGCCAUGGCCACCGCGGGGUUCACCGUGGACCAGUGCGUCGAGGGCGGGAAGGCGGGGGUCGUGGUCGACCGGGAGGGCGCCGCGGCGGUUGCCGGCUAUGUCGACAACUACGCCGCCCUGGGACGCCCCCCGGCCCUUGUCGACCAGGCCGCCCUUGCCAUCACGCGCGUGCUGACGGAGAAGGGGCUUCUCACUCACGAUGAGGAGCCUGCCGCGCGGGACGCCACCUUCGUAGGGCUAGAGCUGAAGAGAGGGCGACAUCUUUCGAUCAAGGCCAGGUGGCGCUUCCGGGUUGAGGGGGCCCAGCGGGCUCGCGAGCGUGCUCUCCAUCAGGCAGCUGAGGACUCCACUGGUAGCCCCGACAAGGCCCUCGAGAACCUGCUGGUCGACAACCCCGUGGCUUUCGACGAGGCCGCUGUCGAGCGGGCACAGAACGCCCAGCUCGUGGUGGCCUCGACGGUGCAGACUUUCGGCCUCUCGUUCCUCGAGUCCGCGGCGAUCCGCCCGAACGCGCAGAGGCAGUGCCACGACCGCUUGGCGACGCUGGUCCUCUUCUGCCGGAUGUACCGCCUGGACUGGGACAGUUGGGAGUCGCUGGACAAUGCCGUCACCGCGCUGCUGAAUCACCAGUUCCUGGACGGCAAGUGCUCGGACCUGGGGGCGCAGCUGAUCGCGGUACACAGCGACGUCUUCAGCUUCGGGAACUUCGUGAUGACCCAGUUCACAGCGCUCGUGGAGCUCGGGCUGGCUGGCCCGCUUUUCGACCAGGCGGCCGGCAACGUGACCCACCUGGUCGACGGCGGGGACGUCGGCGCCUACCUGGGCAAGAGGCUCGUGGCGAGCCUAGGCCGGGCCGUGCGACUCAGGUCGCUGCUGUUCCUGGAGCUCUUCGGGGGCUGUGGCCGCGUCGCGGCCAGCGCGCAAGCCAUGGGCUAUGCCGCGCUGAGCCUGGACAUCGAUGCUUCACCUUUGGAGAAUCACUUGACGCCAGCCUUCCUCAACAGGAUCCUGGGCUGGAUCUCUGGCGGGGCCAUCGCAGGUGGCGCAGUAUCGGUCGAAGGCUUUGGCACAAUGAUGCCGCCUGCAGCCGCUGGUGGCCACCCGCUCACUGUCUCUCACGACCUGCGGGUGGGCGACUUCUGCGUGGUGAGGUACAAUGUCGGGGGCCCCUUUCUGUACCACGAGCGGCUGGUCACCUACCUGCCGCUUGGAGCUGGGUUGACCGUCUCGGUCACCACCCCCGACGGUGACGAAUAUGAGGAGGUAUGGAGUAUGCCAGACAUCGUCGAGUGGGAGCCACUGCCGAAUCGACAGCAAGGAGGCGUCCUACUGGGUUGGCCCGGAGCUCGAUACUACCGCUUCCGGGUUGGCGCGAUGCCGACCAUUGCGAGCCUCACGGCGGCGACCACGGUCGCGGCCGCCCGCCUCGGCCAGCCCGCGCCUGCGGGGCCCGUGGCGCCAGCUCUCGGCGGGCGCAUCGCCGAGUUGCCAGCGGGAGGGGUCGGCGCGGCGCCUGCCGGUGCUGCCGUCGACGCGCCCUUGCUUGGCGCGGCAGGCGCGGCUGCAGUCGGUGCACCUCCUCCCGUGGCCUUUGGGGGCGUUCCCGCCGCUGCGGCGCCCGCUGGCGGCCGCGUCCAGGAUGCACGGGCGCUCCCAGUGGUCUACGACAUGGUGGGCAACCGUCGUCGAGAGUUCCGCGACGCGGUGCUGGCCUGCCGGGAGGACCAGUGGGAAGGGUUGCCGGUGCGCGGCCCCCGCACCACCCACUGGGUCCUCCGGUACAUCGUCGACCACGGCGGAACUCCGACUGGGAUGCACUCUCGGUGGCGGAGCGAGGCUCGUCUCCAGGAGCACGAGCCAGGAGUGCAGGAGCAUGAACGGGCCUGCCGGGCGCUGGAGGAGCUGCUCUGUUUCGACCAGUGCAACGGGGCCAACCUGGCGGCCGCUGAGCUGCUAGCGCGCACCAUCCAGGUGCAGCAGGAGCGCUACCGGGACAGGAGCGCUGGCGGCACGGCCAGUGGCGGCCACGACGGCGUGGACGCCCACCUCUUCAUGGGCAGCGAGCUCACCAGGGGAGGCGUGCGCGCGUGCCCGCUCCUCCAGGAGUGGGCCAGCCUUCAGCUGGCCAAGGAGCAGGCGCUGCUGAAGGAGCGCCGCAAGGCGCCCGAGGAGAGGGAGCUUGCAAAGAAGGGCAACAAGAAGAAGAACAACAGGGACCUGUCGCGGGUCACUCGGCGGCGUGGCGCGGCCACCAAGCACAUCCUUGACUGGGGCGACGAGUGCAUCGACGCCCUGAAUGACUUGCAUGGCCACCAGGACCGGCCAGCGGUCCCCGCCAAUGCCGCCCAGCGGCAUGCAGUGGACCACGUCGAAUCUCAAGUACGCGCGCUUGGCAAGCCCCCACCUGAGGCAGGUUUUCGCGAGGGAGCCCUACGUGAGCUCCUCGCAGGGACGGGGAUCUACCAGACGGGUGAUCUCUCUUCCCGACGGCCGUAUGUCAAGGAGUCCAUAUCCUGGCCCUCGCCCGACCUGCAGCCAGUUCCACUGACCGCCUGCCUUGGUGAGGCCGAAUCUGAGUGGCUGGGCCGCUGGCAGAGCACCUUGCUCAGGCCAGAUAAACCUACAGCUGCUGAACGUACUGAGUUCUGCCCUCACGGACCUUUUUUCGACCCCAGUCUCUUCAGUAAGCCUCUGCUCUACGCCGAUUUUGUCGCCAAGUUGCUGGCUCGCGGCAUGGUGGAGCUGAAGAGGGACUGCGACGCAGCCACCGUCGGCUGCUUAUUCGUCGCGAAGAAGAACCAGAAGCUGAGGGUGAUAUUUGACACGAGGUAUGCCAACCUAUUUUUUCGUCGACCGGCUCGGACUGCGUUGCCGACUGCGACGGCCCUCGCUGCUUUCGAGAACCCUGGGCACGACACCUACCUGGCCUCGGGUGAUAUCGAUAACGCAUUCUACAGACUACGAUUGCCUGACGGGCUGUCCUCGCACUUCAGACUGCCCGCCCUGGAUGCCAGCCUGCUCGGGAUCACGCACCUGGACGGGGUCCCGCUCGCGCGAGGGGCGCGAGUGCAGCCCUGCGUGUGCGUCUUGCCGAUGGGCUGGAGCCAUGCGCUGGCCCUCUGUCAGGGCGUGCUCCGACGCGCCAUGGCCACCGCGGGGUUCACCGUGGACCAGUGCGUCGAGGACGGGAAGGCGGGGGUCGUGGUCGACCGGGAGGGCGCCGUGGCGGUUGCCGGCUAUGUCGACAACUACGCCGCCCUGGGACGCUCCCCGGCCCUUGUCGACCAGGCCGCCCUUGCCAUCGCGCGCGUGCUGACGGAGAAGGGGCUUCUCACUCACGAUGAGGAGCCUGCCGCGCGGGACGCCACCUUCGUAGGGCUAGAGCUGAAGAGAGGGCGACAUCUUUCGAUCAAGGCCAG